AUGCGUGUCUCUUAUGGAGAAUCGAAAAUUAGAAGUGUAAAGCAAAAUUUUCUUCGUUUUGGCAAUACAAAUUGUAAUGCUAAUCCAUGUGCACAGAACAAAAUACCAAACCCAUGCAAACAAAAGCAAGAAGAAAUCUAUGGACAAAAUCAUAAAAUGAUGUUUCGACCGGAAAAAGUGAAAAAAUUCAUAAAUUUAGGAUGUUUUUUGAAGUUCAAAAAAAACAUACUUGAUGUAUUUAUGGAUGAUCCGGAAGUUUGCAUAUAUGAAAGUGGCAAAUAUCGCUUGGAGCAGACAGGGAUCGUCGACGGAUUGACUUGA